UACAGUAGAUGGCGAUGAUGAACAUCCGCCAUUUUUAGUUACAUUGUCAAUAAACAAACUUAGAGCAGACUUGUCUAGUUACCAGUUUAUUUUUUUUUUUACAAAAUCGAUCUAUAUUUUGUACCAUCUAGAUCUAAAGCUCUAAGUGUGAUAAUAACUUAUUAAUUUACACGUCUUAUUAUUCAGAUCUUUUUAUUUUUUUCCUUCACAUUCAACUCUCAGGUCACCAUGGCAGCCGGCCCAUACAAUUACAGCUAUAUUUUCAAAUACAUUAUAAUUGGUGAUAUGGGUGUAGGCAAAUCUUGCUUAUUACAUCAGUUCACUGAGAAAAAGUUUAUGGCAGAUUGUCCACACACAAUAGGAGUUGAAUUUGGAACACGGAUAAUCGAAGUAGCUUCUCAAAAGAUUAAACUGCAGAUAUGGGAUACAGCAGGUCAAGAACGGUUCAGAGCUGUCACAAGGAGUUACUACAGAGGAGCAGCUGGAGCUCUCAUGGUCUAUGACAUCACAAGGCGCAGCACAUAUAAUCAUUUAAGCAGCUGGCUGACUGAUGCCCGAAAUCUAACAAACCCUAAUACAGUGAUAUUUCUAAUUGGCAACAAAUGUGAUCUGGAUGCCCAAAGAGAUGUAACUUAUGAAGAAGCUAAACAGUUUGCUGAAGAAAAUGGUUUGAUGUUUUUGGAAUGCAGUGCGAAAACAGGAGAAAAUGUAGAAGAUGCCUUUUUGGAUACUGCCAAGAAAAUUUACCAAAAUAUCCAAGAUGGCAGUUUGGACCUGAAUGCUGCAGAAUCGGGUGUUCAGCACAAGCCAGCAACACCUCGCAAUCCUAUAAACACUGAUCAACCCCCGAACAAAGAGGGAUGUGCUUGUUAGAAUAACUGCAUCUUCAUUUCUUGUUUUCUUUUGUUUACAUCUUCCAUUGUGUGUAUCUCAUCUCAUAUCACCUGUAAGGUUGUCUUUUCUCUUUAUCCAGUUAGUUUGUGUUAGUCUUUUUUUUUUGUCUUUGUUUUCAUGACUGUUAGAUUGUGGGUUCUGUCUUGUUUGAUUUGGUUUGAUGAUUUCUUAGACAGGUUCCCAUGUGAUUGUCUUAAUGUGAGCAGAUUAUUAUUUUGUUUGGUUUCAGGCUGUGAUUGUUAGAACAUGGUUCCUUGUGUUGUCUCAAUGUGAACAUGCUGUAUCAUUUGUGCUUUGUGUACUCCCUGUCCCCACCCCCUUGUCCCUAUCUACUUGUAUAUUUGAUUGUAUGAACACCAUCUCAUGUUCUUGUGCAAAAAUGAAUAUUUUAUACAAGAAUGAAAAAAAAAAAAAGUCUGAGAUUCUGUGUUUUUUUGUUUGUUUAUUUUUCUUGUGUUAAUUUUGGUUCUUUGUGGCUGUGCUUACACUAAGAUUAAUUGAUGGAUUCAGUUUAUACAUUUUUAUUUAUUGAUACAUUUUGUUUUUGAAUUUGUUUGAGGAGACUAAAGAAAUAUCAGUUGCUCAUUUUGUAUAGAUGCAUUUCUAACUUUAAGAACCCUGAAUGGUGAGGAUAACUAUAUUACUUUUUUAGUCAUUUUAAUCAGCAUAUUUUUUUAUUUAUUUCACUGUUAAAUUGUUCAUAGAUAUUACAUAAUAAGAAAUAAAAGUUGUUUUUUUUCAUACAACUCUAGGAUAUCUCAUCUAGGAGAUGAAAAAUCAUCUUAUAAAACAUUUAGGAAUUUUCACAAAUAAAGAUUUUAUUUAACUUUUAAGUUUGUGAUUUGGUUGAAAAUCAAUACUAAUACAAUUUAAAAUGUAAAAUUAAUAUUCAGUCUGAAUGGCAAGUUUUAAUGUCAGAUAGUAUGCUGUCAUGAUAGUGAAGAUAUACACAAAUAACUAGACUCGCAUUGAACUAGUUGUGAUGAGGGCUCAAAAAAUGGCAGAGAUGUCGGCAAGGCUAAUGUCUAGUUACAAGUAAAAACCAAAAAAAAUGUUUCAAAGUCUCAAGUUUUUAACCAAGAAGAUGGAACUGGUUGACUUGUUCAAAGAAAUGUUAAAAUUUGAAAUCUUGGUAGAACAUUUUUUUCCCUAAUCAAAAUCAUGCAGUAUAGUUUUUUUUCCUUAAAAGAAUAAGUCUUGAGAUAGCCUGCUGCAAUUCUACUCAAAAUGUUUGCAAAAGUUCAAUGUAAAGUUUUAAAAAUAUCUGUAAACACCACGUUUAUUAACACUGUUUUGUUGGUGUAAGUAGCAUUCUAUUAGCCAAUUGUCACAGCCUACGAUUUUUUAAAAUAUGUGUGUGUGCUUUAUAUGUAACAACAUGGGGCUGCAGUGCAAAGCAAUUCACAAGGAAGAAGAAUUAAUAACUAAGUUAAUCAAUGUUUAGUGAUUUUGAAAUGGGCAUAUUAGGAUUGUUCUAAAAGCCCCAAUUUCCCAUUUUUUUGUCCACUUCUCAUAAAACAUUUUAUUGAUCUUAUUUGAACUGAGCCAUUUUGUAACAUCAAUAACAUGUACCAAUGGUUGACAGCAUACCAUAACAGCUAAAUUGUCAGCAUAUUUGUUUAUUUCAACACAAAUUAAGGAAGAAUGCAGUAGAAAUUAGUUUAGGAUUGAUACUACUUAAACAAAAAAAAACAAAUGUAUAAGCUUUCAUGUCAAACUGCCUCUGAAUUGUGAUUGGCUUUCUAUGUGUUUCAGUAGUAAGUGUACAUAGUGAAUUCAGAGAACUAUAUUUAUAUCAAAUGUUUGUUUCAUUCAGCUUUGACAUUUGUUACAAAUUAUCAAUAAAGUGCAAUUUCCAAACCAAGAAGAUUUGUCAAGAGGGAAGUUCUCAUUAAUAGAGAUGCACUUCUCUAGCAUCAAGUUUAGACGUCCCCCCCCCCCUCCCCCGACAUUUCAGUCUAAAUUCAAACUCUCCUUGACAAUUUUAUUUUUUUUAUUUUUAAAUUUUAAUUUUAAAAAAUGCAUUGUUUAGUGAGAACACAUAAAUUUUUUUUAUUUUUUUGGUUUGUUAUGGUUUUGUAAUUCAAAUGACUUCUACAUUUGCUUUCAUAUUACAUUUGUUGGUGCAGAGUGUGUAGUGAAAGAGUGAAUGAGCUUUUGUAUUGCAAGCAUUCCAUCUUAUAAAAAACAAAACUAGCGAAGAGGGGCAAAUGAAGUCAGUCAAUACAAAUUCAAAAUGUUUUCCGACACCAUUAGUAAUGUCUUCUUACUUCAACUUUAAAAUAAUUUUUCAAAGAUUUUUUGUUUCUCUUAGAUGCUGGUAAUCAAGACAUUCUUUGAGUAGUUACUCCACUUGUUCAUAGCACCUGAUGUGUAUCUCAAUUCCAGCACACCUUUAACUUCAUCAUCCUUACUGUCAAUAAAGCAAUACAGUGUCCUAGUUAAUUGCAUACCACUAUCAUUGUUUAGCUAAGCAAGUCUACUAAAGAAUGAUAUACCUUAAUGGAUUUUUUUUUCUUAUACAGAAGAAGCUCUUUAUGUGUGUUUCUUUUUUGAACUAAUUAUUUCUACUGACAAAUUUGCUUUGUUAUGAAUAUUGUGUUUUGUGUCUUCAUUCAAAACCUGUUGAAAUAUUGUGUUUUUGGUAAACAUGUACAUUCAUUAUUUAUAGACCUUUUUUUUUUUUUUUUUUUUUUUUUUUUUGAUCUCCCUCUUAUGUAUAUUUAUACAAAAGAAUUAAAGCUAACUACGCAGUCUAUUUUUGUAUGUUUUUGUUUUCCCUUGACUCGAUCAUUUUUUUAAGCCCAAGCAAUUUUUUUUGUAGGUGAUUAAUUAUAAAAUGUGUAGUCUUUGUGUAAAAUUUGUCACAGGACUAGGGUCAGUAGACUAGUAAGUGCUCUGUGUACUAUGAAACUGUCACUAGACUAGAGGCAGUAGACUUAGUGUGUGCUGUGUGCUCACUGAUUCUUUGACAACUUAGGGACCAAUGUAAAUGCCCCUUGUUUUAUUAUUGCUGAGUGAUCCCACUGGGUGGUGGCACUACACUAGUAGACGCUGAUGUUUAGACCACAAACUCUCUAGUAGUGAUCUUGUGUAUACAUGUUCCACACUUUGAUGUCGCCUGGCUAUAUCACUCUCUGUUUACAUUGAAUCCCAAAAUGUGGACGUCUCGUUAACAUGUAGGCUGACAUAAUGUUUUAUGUUUGUAAACCAAAUAUCGAUACAGCUAAAAGUAAAUGAUUGAUCAAAUGACAAAAACUGUACAUGGUCACUUGUGGAAAUGAUUACAAGAAAUUAAUCAUUGAAAGCUUAUUAUUUGUAAUAUGUUACACACUUAAGACGUUUUGUUGAUUUUAUUUCCAUUCAUGCAAAUAUCAAAUGUGUUAUUUGGGUCUGGUCUUUUGGAAUGUUAUGAUUUAGUGUCAUUUGAAGCUCCUCAUUUCUGUGUCAUGUCAGUUGCACAUUUCAUAGCAGCAGGAGGUGUGAUGAAAAAAUGGUUCCAGGCAUUCAAUAAAGUUUUUCAUUUCUGUU